AUGCAACUUUUUAACUCUUUCUUUGCUUUGGUCGCUUCUGCCUCCCUUUUGGUCUCCAGCGGCUCUGCUGCCCCCGCCGAAGGUCUUUCCAAGCGUGUUGUCCCUACGAACGCGCAGCCUGCUAAGCCCUACAAGUCUCCUGACCUCCACACCGGUGCCGGUAUUAACCACACCUUUGGUAUUCUCUCUUUCCGUGAGAAGAGUGGCUACGACUACACUGUCUGGCACGUCUCUCCCACCACCGGAAAGACCUACCUCCGUCCUUGGGACGAUGCCGUCGAUCCCUCUGUCUUUAUGAUUGACGAGGAAUCUUUCUUGCGUCUUGCUUCCGACAGCAACAAGUUUGCUUUCAUUGGUCACAACCAAGAAAUCCAAUUCACCAACCAUACCGACUACAAGAAGAAGCAACAUGACGAUGGUAGCCACCGUGUUGACUUGACUCAACGCAAGCCUGCCAACAAUUUUGCCGCCACUAAGCAAUGUGGUAAGUUGGAUCCUUUCGGUUAUGUUUUGAAGCGUUCCGGUAAGGGUUUCAUGCACUGCGGUACUCAAGUUUUCGUUGGUGCUGGCCGUAGCAUUGACUGUGAAGACAUCGACUCCGUUGCCUACAACCUCUCUGACUACCGCGCACAAUACACCGGUCUCUCCAACACCUCUAUUUCCUCCGAGCAAUACUACUCUAACCGCUCUGCUGACAUUCCUCCCAAGUCUCAGCGUCUUCAGCCUCACGGUAUCUACAACUACAACUACAAGGCACCCGACAAGCGUAUGCAACGUUUCACCACUCCCCACGUUACUACUGCUGAUGGCCAGAACCAAUCCGUCUUGCAAACCUUCGACUUUCCUUACGGUCGUUCCUCAUACUACUAUACCAGCUGCGCCUUGGAGGUCCGCUUGAACAACGAGUUCUUCCCCUUGAACGUUUCUUCUUCCAACGGCCCUGCCGAGUUUGUUGUUUACAACAUGUCCGGUAACCCCAAGAAGCAAACAACCACCAGCAAGGGUCCCCAGCGUCUCCAAGAGAUUGCUCGUUUCCAAUGCUCCAACUAUGGCUGUGAGUACUCUACCAACAUUGCUUGCCCUCGCGCUGGUCACUCUCAUACUUUCGAGAUUGCCGCCGCUAACUCCGACACCUCCAUGUCUUGGGUCCAUACUCUCAGCCCCCGUCUUGGUAUGACUAUGUUUGCCUACUCCAAUGCAAACUACGAUUAA